AUGGCCACCGCAGCAGCGGCGGAGAGCAUCGGGGGCGCCGGCGUGCUGCAGAUCGAGCGCGUGCCAUGCCUGAGCGACAACUACUCCUGGCUGCUGCACGAGCCGCAGCAGGGCGUCACGGCGGUGGACCCUGCAGAGGCGGCGCCGGUGCUGGCGGCGCUAAGGAGCAAGGGCUGGAACCUGACGCACAUCAUCAAUACUCACCAUCACUACGAUCACGUGGGCGGGAACGCGGAGCUGCAGCGCGAGUUUGGGUGCACCGUGGUGGGCCCCGCGGCAGACCACGCCCGCAUCCCGGGCAUCCAGGUGCAGCUCAAGGAUGGGGACAGGUUCCAGUUUGGGGCAGCGGAGAUGGUGUGCUAUGACACACCCGGCCACACGCGGGGCCACGUGACGUACCACUUCCCCGCCGCCAAGGCGCUCUUCCCAGGCGACACGCUCUUCAGCCUGGGCUGCGGGCGGCUGUUUGAGGGCACGCCGGCGCAGAUGUGGGCCAGCCUGAGCAAGCUCACGCCGCUGCCGGGGGACACGCUGGUGUACUGCGCACACGAGUACACAGCCAGCAAUGCCAAGUUUGCGGCCCAUGUGGACGAGGGCAACGAGGACCUGCAGCGCAUGAAGGCAGACAUCGAGGCCAAGCGGGCGCGGGGCGAGCCCACCGUGCCCAGCCAACUGGGCGACGAGCUCAAGUGCAACCCCUUCCUGCGCCCAGGCACGUUGGAUAGCCCUGCCAUCCGCUCAAAACUAGGUGUGCCAGAGGGCGCAAGCAAUGACGUGGCGUUUGGAGCCAUCCGCGCCGCCAAGGAUACGUUUCGCUGAGACGGCUGGAGGCCGUGUUGUUGCCCGCCUGACCACCUGAGUCCUGCACCUGCUGGUUCGGCUGGGCUUUGUUUGAGUUGGACUGAAGCACCUGGAUGCCAUGGCACCAACCGCAGCAGCUUGCCAUACAGCUGCCUGCCCUCAUUUCGUGUCGCACUAGCAACUCCUGCCCUUGGAGCGGCAGCCUUUGAUGUCAAAAUGUGAUUUGAC